AAGCAUAUAAAAGAUUAUAUAUUCCAAGUUCAAAUGUAGCUGUGGAUGAAAUGAUUGCUCAGUUUAGUGGAAGAAGUAUACACACUGUACGUAUGAAGUCAAAACCUACUCCUAAUGGUUACAAGAUUUUAUCUUUAUGUGAUUCAGGAUAUACAUGA